GGCACGUGCCUCACGCAAAUCCAGGAACGCAAGCAGGGUACAUCAUAGACGACCUCGACUGAUAGCUUCCUUUUUACCUUGUGAUCAACUCUUCACUCAAAUUCCCCCAGUUUCCCCAGAUGAGCGUAACACUCCAGCGCAAAUGCGCAAUCCUAAUCUUUUAACUUGACAACAAUGAUUUUUAUAUUCCACCAAGUACACACUAGGUACGUUAUACACAUUUUACCUAUUCAAUUUUGAAUCACGACCGUUCACUGUCAACGAAGUCGCUGGCCUUUCAUUUCAACUAGAUGUGUUUAUUCACGAUCUAGGCUCGUAUUUUUCCCAACUUGUUCCACCUUGCAAAUUUAUGAAAACAAAUGCUGUAUUUUAUCAAUCUCUCAAUGAUUUUUGUCCGUUAUUCUUGCUGUGUGCGUCAAGGAUAGAGCUACAAAACCUGGUGCUUGCUACCCAAAAUUGGUGGGCAAGACUCAAGCACAGUAAGAUCAACUGUUCGGUUCAAAACUGGGCAGCAUUCAAUAUGAAUGGAUUCAGUUGUCCAAGAAGAAAGCGUACCCGAUCUACCAAGCGAAUGGGUCUCAUCAAAAGAUGUCGAUGCCAUAUAAAAUUCACCUUCCUUGCAUCGCAUCUAAAGAUAUCGGGAGUCUUACUCAAGUUCCCUAUCAAUAUUUUAAUGUAGAGCACAUUAAGCCCUUUCGCCAAUGUUACCCUUUAGAUAAAAACUAUAAUCAUAUUCAAGGUCAUGUGUAGCUGCCAUCGGCAAUCUUGAUGCCAAGAAUUUUGGUCACCAAUCCAUUAGUAUGUUCCCCUUGCAUUCUAUCCGCGUGCCGGGUAAAUAAACAUGUUUCCUUAUCGCAAUAACCGUUUAGUUUCAUGUUCGCUAUGUUCAGGAGACCUUAUUGUAACGUUACUACAGUAUCGGUACAUCAUUCACAGAUGGCACAAAGUUGAUGGAUAAAUGAGCACAGAUUUGUUCAAACAAUACAAUUGAAGAUCAUUCCCUGCCUAGCUCGCCACAUUUGGUAAGCUAAGCUAUCAUGAAAUUCUCAUCUGGAGAUCAACUGAACAUUUUUAGAAUUCGGGGCACGCAGCUACUACAACAUUCCUUUUUGAAAUUCUUUAUCUGCUAUGCUUCCCAUUAUCCAUGUCGGAACUUGCUGGAUGUAUGAAAUAAGGCCGAUGUCGUUCCUGGUGGCAGGCGCUUAGUAAAUUUUAUAGCCAACGAGUGACAGCAACAAGAAGUGCGGUUACAUAUGACCUCCACAUCUGUUCUAAAGGCUUUAGUCAUUAAUUGCAUCUUAAGUUGCUGCUCAAUCUGGAAAGCGUUUGUUCUUAUCAUGGCUUCGUGCAAGCUGCGAUGUGUAAAUUGUACCAAUUGGGAAGUCGUUUGUGUCAUCUAGAUGUGAGUGAUGAUAAAUUUUCUCAUGCUUCAUUAUUAUCCAGUCAUCCGUUGAUAUCAAGUGGUAACGUUAUAUACAUUUUUGUGAAUGCUAUCUGUAUAACUAUUAAAGGAGGGAUUUUCUCAAGGAGGAGCAAAGCAUCUAUCUCUUCAUCUUCUUCACUAUUCUCUACUAUCAUCUUUACUACUCGGUAGUUAAUUUAACGGGUACCAAUCACACUUUUUCACUAUUAUAUUGAGCCUCUUGUCUCUACUCCCUCAUCUAACCGAACAUGAUUCUUACAUUUAUGCAAUACUUUUUAUUGAUUUUAACAAAUCUAAAUUCCCUUGUAUUUUCCGCAGCAAUUCCAGCUAAAAAUGACAAGUCAGUCAGCGCAGUAGGAUAUACUGGGGGAUAUCACAAUGCAGCUUACUUUGUCAAUUGGGCAAUCUAUGGACGAAACUAUCAACCUCAACAAUUGCCGGCUACUAAAUUGACUCACGUCCUCUACGCAUUUGCUAACCUGCAAACUGAUGGUACAGUCUACCUCUCCGACACAUAUUCUGACCUCCAAAAACAUUAUCCAACGGACUCUUGGAACGAUGUCGGAAACAAUGUUUAUGGGUGCAUCAAGCAACUUUAUUUGCUUAAGAAAAAUAACCGUCAAAUGAAAACUCUCUUGAGUAUUGGUGGCUGGACAUACUCUACAAAUUUUGCUGCCGCCGCUAGUACGAAUGCAACUCGAACAAAAUUUGCCGCAACCGCUGUGCAAUUUGUUCAAGAUCUUGGAUUUGAUGGUAUCGAUAUUGACUGGGAGUACCCCGCCAAUGAUGUCGAAGCAGGCAACUUCGUUCUUCUUUUGCAAGCUGUUCGCUCGGCUCUCGAUGCAUAUGCUGCGCAGCAUGCUCCUGGUUACCAUUUCCUCAUUACUGUUGCAAGUCCUGCUGGUCCAGAAAAAUAUAAUGUUCUUCACUUGGCGGAUAUGGAUAAAUACCUUGAUUCCUGGCACUUAAUGGCGUACGACUACGCUGGAUCCUGGGAUAAUGUCACAGGCCACAUGGCGAAUUUAAAUCCUAGUGUGAACAAUAACUCAAGCACACCUUACUCGACUCAAAGAGCAAUUACAGAUUACAUCGCGAAGGGUGUUAGCGUAUCCAAGAUAAUCAUGGGAUUGCCACUUUAUGGAAGAGCAUUCGAGAGCACCAUUGGGAUGGGAUUAACAUUUAAUGGUAUUGGUACCGGGUCAUGGGAGUCUGGGGUUUGGGAUUACAAGGAUCUACCCCGAGCUGGUGCGACUGAAUACUACGCCUCUGAUGUUGUAGGAACCUACAGUUACGAUAAUUCUACAAAAGAGCUUGUCAGUUAUGACAACGUCAAGGCAAUCCAAACAAAGACGGAAUACAUCAUGAGUAGUGGACUUGGGGGUGCAAUGUUCUGGGAGUCUAGUGGGGACAGGAAUGAUAGUAAGAGUCUCAUUUCAACAACGGCAGGGAUUUUUCCUUCAUUGGACCAGACUCAGAAUCUACUGACCUACAAUGCGAGUGCAUAUGCGAACUUGGCAGCUGGCAUGCCCGGUGUAUAAUUUUGCGAUGAAUGGGAUUGAUGUAUUGGCUCCGGCUAGAGGCAAGGUGGAAACGAUACCUAGGAAUGUUGAUAUCAUCUGGAGUAUAUAUGGCGUUGCUUUAAUAUUAUCGUACAUGAGAGCUUUGAUUCUUGACAUCAUCUAGAGUACAGUUGGGGUUGGUUUGUUGUUGUUCUUAGGGUUGAUAGUUUUUCACGUUACGAGUAGACAGACUAGGGUCUAGGUUAUCCACAAUUUUAACUGUUCUCUCAAUUUUCAAUGACGUGAUUUGUUUUUCGAAACCUGAGCCGGACUAAGCCACGAACAACUAUACCCUGCUAUAUCCCCCAACCUACCCAUCGUGAGCAUUGGCUUUAAGCAACUGCCGUAUCACGAUUCCUUGUGCAACGCAUUGCGUGAAGCUAUGUGAUUUCACUGUUCAACUGUAUUACAUCUGAAUUUUAUUGAUCGCUUAAUGCCAUCUCGCGUAUAACCCCCCUUUUUAGCUGUUAAAUCCAGCUUCCAUCUAUGAUAUCACUUUUGCUCAUGAAUUUAUGUUUAAUGUCAUCUAUUCA